AUGUCGCAACAAGGACGCUCUUCUCUAACCGGCGCCGCCCCGGCACUACCUCUAUCGCCUCUUGACAUAGAGCUUCGCAGCGCGCGAGUCGGGAAAAACAGGCCGUGCGUGAUCACGCUAGCGUAUAGUAACUGCCAAUUUGUGGUGGAGUUGCUUCCGGAAUCCUCGACGACGACGCCUACACUUCUCCGGUAUGGCUUCGAUCCUGGCGCCUUUGCAUCAAAAUACCCCGCUGGCCCCGGGCCGUUACCAGGCUACAACGUACCCGAUUCAAUUGAGUCGGUCUAUCUUCAAAAGUUGAACGCAGGAGUGACUGACGAUGGGAUACUUGAUGCGGCAGGCAUGCGAACAUUGUACGAGAUCGAGGAUUUGAUUUUUACUAUAGGCAGCCAAUUAUUUCAAGACCUUGCGGGACCAAAUCCCCUAGAUGGAUCCACGACCACGCUAAGAGAAGCACUGAACCCGAAACGCUUUUGGUUUCAGAUGAUAACGGUAGAUGGCAACGCAUCCUUGAUUCAUCGAUAAGAGUUCACCCCACCCGCGCUUUCCUUUGAGCAUCAAGACAUAUCAGGCAUACAUGGAGACUUACCCGCGUUUGAUGUAUCGCAUAUUAAGAUCCUGGAAACAAUUGUGCCAGGAAGAGCGUAUAAAGUGCUUGCAGAUAAUCGGACCCAAUUCUGUAAGGCAACAGGUCGCGGAUUUGAACACGCAGCAAUUGGCCGCAAUUGCCAAAUGUUACAGAGGAUCCAGGUUG